GCCCGUCUGGCGUCGCGCGCGCCCCCGUGACACUCACCUGGCGGCGCUCAGAAUCAACCUUAACAUUGGUUUUGGACAAGCGCUGUUUCUGUCUUGUGGAGCGUGGCUGUGUAGUAAAGGGUACCGACACAUCGAUGUACACAGUGUGUCUUUACCUUUGGCAGGCAUUAACGAAGCCACAACAAGAACGGUGUUUCCUCUUCAAUCAAGUCACAUUCAGCCUGCUCCAUUUUCUUGCUGUACUCUUCCUAUUGAUUGGGAUGAAGUAUGCUGUCCCAGGAGGAACAGUGACUGUAGCCUAAUACUCUGACAGAAAAAGACAUGAAAGAGAAUUAGAUAACUUGGCCUUGGGUUUUUUUGGGGGGGCUUUCCUUAUGGGUAGAUUUUUACCCCUUGCUCAACAGAAGCUGCGCUCCGUUAAUCCAGGCACUUUUCCUCCCUGAAGGUCUGGCUGAAUGGAUAGAAUGAAAAUAAUUAAGCGGCGGCUGUCCAUGUCCUUGCGCAGUGCCCGGCCAGUUGACGACUCGUUGUCUGAGCUAGCUGAACAGAUUGCUCUAGAUGAGCCAAGUACCUCCCGGGAUAAUGAGCCAAUGGUUCAGCCACCACGUCCUGGAGCUUCUCACAGUGCUCCCUCCUUCUUGCGCCAGUAUGCUGGCUCCCUGGGGCGGGCUGCUCUCCGCAGGGACCCUGGAUCAGGCAGAAUUGGGGAGCGCCCCUACCUCUCACUGGAAAGGACAAGCUCUCUGGGUAUUGUCCAUGAGAAUGUGAAAAUGGGCUCUGAUGGGGAGAGUGAUCAAGCAUCUGGGACAUCGUCUGAUGAAGUCCAGUCACCAGUCAGAGUUCGCAUGAGGAACCACUGUCACAGACGCAUCUCUACAGAGGACAUCAACAAGCGCCUGUCUUUGCCUGCAGAUAUCCGCCUUCCAGAAAGCUACCUCGAAAAGUUUGCAAUGAACAGUCCUCCUUUUGACAAGCCAAUGAGCCGAAGAUUACGACGUGCUUCCUUGUCCGAGAUUGGCUUUGGAAAGCUGGAGACAUAUAUCAAACUGGACAAGCUGGGAGAGGGAACCUACGCUACUGUAUUUAAAGGGAGGAGCAAGCUCACUGACAAUCUUGUGGCGCUAAAGGAGAUUCGACUAGAGCAUGAGGAAGGUGCUCCUUGUACAGCCAUUCGAGAGGUGUCACUACUUAAAGACCUAAAGCAUGCAAACAUUGUGACCUUGCAUGACAUUAUUCACACAGACAAGUCUCUAACUCUUGUUUUUGAGUAUCUGGACAAGGAUUUGAAGCAGUACAUGGAUGACUGUGGAAACAUCAUGAGUGUCUACAACGUUAAGCUAUUCCUGUUCCAAUUGCUUCGUGGCUUAUCUUAUUGUCAUAGGAGAAAAGUUUUGCAUCGUGACCUUAAGCCACAGAACCUUCUGAUCAACGAGAAAGGGGAACUGAAACUGGCAGAUUUUGGUCUAGCUCGGGCCAAGUCUGUUCCCACUAAGACAUAUUCCAAUGAAGUGGUGACUUUGUGGUACCGGCCCCCAGAUGUCCUGUUGGGAUCCACAGAGUACUCAACACCUAUUGACAUGUGGGGAGUGGGCUGCAUCUUCUACGAAAUGAUGACUGGACGACCAUUGUUUCCUGGUUCCACAGUUGAAGACCAACUUCAUCUGAUUUUCCGAAUACUAGGCACACCUUCAGAAGAAACGUGGCCGGGGAUCACCACCAGUGAGGAAUUCAAGUCAUACAAUUUCCCACAUUACAAGGCAGAACCACUUGUAAACCAUGCACCAAGGAUUGAUAGUGAUGGCCUAGAUUUGUUGUCAAAGCUUCUUCAGUUUGAUGCCAAAAAGCGCAUCUCUGCUGAAGAGGCUCUUCAUCAUGCAUAUUUUAAAACUUUGGGGGAUCAGGUCCAGACAUUACCAGACACUGCAUCUAUCUUCUGUGUGAGAGAUAUUCAGCUCCAGAAAGACCCUGGAAAGCGAUCAUCUGGGUACACAGACAUAGUAUCCCAUAAGCUAGGCUCUGCCCCUUCUGAAGUUAUCCAGAAAGAUGGAGCGAAGAUCCAGACACAGUCUCACGUUCUUACCUCGCCAUCCACUGGUUGAGUUGUCUCCACUCUGGCCAAGGAAAGAUGCGCAGGCAGAGCAUGUUAUUUUAACACUUUGGCUAAGCUUCCAGUGUGGGAAGAAAGUCUCGUAACCAUAAGAAGAAGAGAAGAAGACAGCUCAGGAGUUUCUGCUGACCUCAGUCAGUAAACAGUUGGACUCUCUUUACUCAGUGUUUUUGUUUUUGUGUUUUUGGAGUGCCUUCCAUGUUUACACAGAAGCUACUGGAAGCCCCUGGGCUCUUUUAAAAUGGACAUUUUUCUUCACCGCCUCUGUUAACAGGUGCUGGACCCUUUCAUUUUUUUGGUACUUUUACUCCAUUCAUGGGAUGGAUCCUAUCAAGGUAGAAGAUUACCAUUUGUCUAGAGGAUGAACUCUUUCUGUGAUUCGCUUUGAGUCAGAAAGGGUAGAUUCCGUGUGCUUUGUUCAAAUGGAAGGUUUCACUGAGGGUCUCCUGGCACUCCUAGUAAGACCCUAUACUCAAUGCAAAUACUAGUAAAUCCAUGGGUGAGCUCUGCAAACCAGAAACUUAGAAGGGCUUUAAAGGGAAUAGGUAGGUUUUAUGUGAGCAUGGCCAAAUUUCAGGUUUAUAAGGCCUAAUUGUAGUCGUUUUCUUUUCAGCCACAGGAUAGCUCUAACAGAGUUUCUGAGGUUAUUUUUAUUAGUUACAACUGUUCUCCAAUUUAAAACUAUUAUAUCAAACCUGUUCCUGCAGUUGAAAAUCAACAAAUUCUAUCAUGGACUCUACCUGAUUUGGUAAGGAUUACGAGUAUCAUUUCAUAAUCCUGUUCAGUGACAUUUUCACGGAAAACACAUUCACCAAAUGGAGACCGACUUGAAGUUGCUUUUGAAAUCACCGCCAGAUAGUUAUUUGACCAUAUUUAUUUUUCAUCCGAAGACUUUGAUAUUUGAAAUUAAAGUUAAAAACAAAAACAUCAUUAAUAAAAUUGUUUACAAAGAUGAAAAUC